GAGGAGGAGGAGGAGGGGGGCCGGCCCGCCCGCAGCCGCCGCCGCCGCCAGCGCCGCCAUGAUGCUUGUUUGCUUUCAAUGAGUGUGAGGAGGAGGCGGGGGGGAGCCGCUCUCCCGUCCGGCCCGCGGCAGGAAACAAAGAGCCAGGCAGGCGGCGGAGCGAGGGCGGCGGGGGGACGGGGAUGCUGCAGCCACAGGAAUGCCCAAGGAAAAGUACGAUCCACCUGAUCCACGGAGGAUGUACACAAUUAUGUCCUCAGAGGAAGCAGCCAAUGGAAAGAAAUCACACUGGGCAGAGUUGGAAAUAAGUGGGAAAGUGAGAAGCUUAAGUUCAUCGUUGUGGACACUGACCCAUUUGACAGCUUUGCAUCUCAGUGACAAUUCCUUAUCCCGUAUUCCUUCAGACAUUGCCAAGCUUCACAAUCUGGUAUAUCUGGACUUGUCCUCUAAUAAAAUUCGCAGUUUACCAGCAGAGCUCGGAAACAUGGUGUCACUCAGGGAACUACAUUUAAAUAACAACCUGUUACGAGUUUUACCUUUUGAGCUGGGAAAACUGUUCCAGUUACAGACUUUGGGUCUGAAAGGAAACCCACUUACACAGGAUAUUCUGAACCUGUAUCAGGAACCAGAUGGGACACGAAGGCUACUGAACUAUUUGCUUGAUAAUUUGGCAGGUACUGCAAAAAGAAUUUCAACAGAACAGCCACCUCCAAGAUCUUGGAUUAUGUUGCAAGAACCAGACCGUACAAGACCAACAGCCUUGUUCUCUGUCAUGUGUUACAACGUCCUCUGUGACAAAUAUGCCACCCGGCAGCUGUAUGGCUAUUGUCCAUCUUGGGCCUUGAACUGGGAAUACAGAAAAAAAGCCAUUAUGCAGGAAAUCCUGAGCUGCAAUGCUGACAUCAUAAGCCUGCAGGAGGUUGAAACGGAACAGUACUACAGCUUUUUCCUGGUAGAGUUGAAAGAACGUGGCUAUAAUGGAUUCUUCAGUCCAAAAUCUAGAGCUAGGACAAUGUCAGAACAGGAAAGAAAACAUGUUGAUGGUUGUGCAAUAUUUUUCAAAACAGAAAAAUUUACUUUGGUUCAAAAACAUACUGUUGAGUUCAAUCAACUAGCAAUGGCAAACUCAGAAGGGUCAGAAGCUAUGCUGAACAGAGUUAUGACAAAAGAUAACAUUGGAGUUGCUGUACUGCUAGAACUGCGAAAGGAAUUGAUAGAAAUGUCAUCUGGAAAACCACAUCUUGGGAUGGAAAAGCAGCUAGUUCUUGUAGCUAAUGCACAUAUGCAUUGGGACCCAGAUUAUUCUGAUGUGAAGCUGGUUCAGACUAUGAUGUUCCUGUCCGAGGUAAAGAACAUUAUUGAUAAAGCUUCUCGUAGUCUCAAACCUGGUGUUUCGGGAGAACUUGGAACCAUUCCACUUGUACUGUGUGCAGAUCUCAAUUCUCUACCAGACUCUGGUGUCGUUGAGUACUUGAGCACUGGCGGAGUGGAAACAAACCACAAAGAUUUUAAGGAACUGAGAUACAAUGAAAGUCUCACUAACUUCAGCUGUAAUGGAAAAAAUGGGACAACAAAUGGAAGAAUUACACAUGGUUUCAAGUUGAAGAGUGCCUAUGAGAAUGGUCUAAUGCCUUACACAAAUUACACAUUUGACUUCAAGGGUAUUAUUGAUUACAUCUUCUACUCUAAACCUCAGCUAAACAUACUUGGCAUUCUUGGACCUUUGGAUCAUCAUUGGUUAAUAGAGAACAAUAUAAGUGGUUGUCCACAUCCACUCAUCCCUUCUGACCACUUCUCACUUUUUGCACAACUGGAGCUUUUGCUGCCUUUCCUGCCUCCUGUAAAUGGAAUCCAUCUCCCUGGCAGGAGGUAGUCAAAUACAUUUUAGAGGGCAACCUCAAUCUAACUUGUACAAUUGUAAAAUCUGAAUAUAGAGGAGUGAGGUAUGGCCAACAGGGAUUUUUUUUUCUUAAUAAUCUUAAUCUUAAAUCUAAUUAUUUGCUAAAGACAUAGUAAAAGCCAGGUGCUAUCAACAGACACAAUUCUGAGCCCAAUAUACUUUGUAUACUGUUCGACAGCGAUUGGUGCAUUUGCACCUUUCUUUAAUACGUUACAAUUAACCUUCCUGUUUCUUUUAUCCAACGUGACAUUUUCAUGCCUUGAAAUAGGGAAUUGUUAUACAGUGUAUUCUCUUUGCACAGUUAUCUGUAGCACUACUUUUUUGAGGCCAGUAGGAACAUCCACAGAACAUUCUCCGUACUUCACUCCCUCCUUUUUCAGACUUGUUUGUAAAAUAUAGAAUUUGAAUUUAGCCUUUAUUGAUUGUAUAUGAACAACAGAAAACCUGAUUUAUGAGAUUUUGUACUUUAAAAAAAAAAAAGAAAAUUCAGAUUUGGAAAAUGAUUGUAUUGUAAACUAAGGCUAAA